AUGAAGAUCAUCAUCCUAUUCUUCCUUAUCAUCUCCUUAAUCUACGCUGCCGACAUCCAGCCAAUGAGGAUUGCGUUGAACGCGAGAUGCAAUAUGUUUGAAUGCAAGCGGAGGUGUGACAACAGGUGCAAAAGUGUCGACAUUUUGUGUGCUCAGAAGGCGUGUCGCCGGAGAGUCUGCCGAUUCCAUUGCGAAGAAGGCGUGGACGUGAACAUGCCGUUGUUGGCAAGAGUGUAA